GCCUCUUCUCCUUCUUCCUCACUUCACAAUGGACAAGAUAUCCCUCGGGUUCUCGUUGGCUGCGGGACUGAGUCUCAUCUCCUCUGCAGGCGCACAGCAAGUUAUCCAGGAUCCCGCCUCCGCAUGCUCGAGCAUAGCAUCGACCUUCACUUAUCCCAAUGCGACUAUUACUUCUGCGGAACAUGUCCCUGCUGGAACAAUCCUCGAUUCUGGGUUGUCUUGCAACCAGACUUCAACCGUGCCUGCCGAUAUCUGUAGAGUGGGCUUCAAUGUCUCGACGAGUGCUCGAUCUGGAAUUGUUGCUGAAGCCUGGCUCCCUGUAAACUGGACCGGACGAUUCCUAUCGACUGGCAACGGAGGACUGAAUGGGUGCGUUAAGUACGAAGAUCUCGCAUAUGGCAGCGAAUCUGGCUUUGCGGUCGUGGGCUCCAAUAACGGUCACGACGGAGAAAGGGGUACAGCCUUCUACCAGAACGAAGACGUUGUCGAGGACUUCGCCUGGCGGUCAAUCUACACCGAGACCGUCGUCGGCAAAGCUAUGGCCAAAGCAUACUACUCCAAAGAGCUCACCAAGAGCUAUUACAUCGGAUGUUCCACAGGUGGCAGGCAGGGUUUCAAGAUGGCACAGAGCUAUCCCGAAUUGUUUGAUGGUAUUCUCGCUGGAGCACCGGCCAUAGCAUUCAACAACCUCACAGCUUGGUCUGGCCACUUUCUGCUCAUCACAGGCUCUCCCGACUCCGAGACAUACCUGACCCCCGAGAAAUGGAGUCUCGUGCAUGACGAUAUCCUCAAACAGUGUGAUGGAUUGGACGGCGUGGAGGAUGGAAUCCUCGAGGAUCCCAAUCUCUGCCACUACAAGCCGGUCUCCUUGCAGUGUGCCUCGGACGCGACCAACACUUCCGCCUGUCUCACCCCAGUACAAGUCACGACCGUGACCAACAUUUUCGCACCCUACCACGGCGAACAAGGAGCUUUAAUCUACCCUCGCAUCCAACCCGGCGCAGAAAUCAUCGGAGCACUCAUCAACUUCAACGGCCAAAUCGCCCCUUACACAGAAGACUGGUUCCGCUUUGCAAUUCUCCAAGACCCCAACUGGGACGCCACCACUCUCAAUUCCUCCACGGCCGCCCUCGCCGCCGCAAUCAACCCCUCCAACAUCCAAACCUGGGAAGGCGACCUAAGCGCCUUCCAAAACAAAGGAGGCAAACUCCUCACCUACCACGGCCUCAUGGACGGCGUCAUCUCCUCAGACAACAGCCCUCGCUACUACGAACACGUCUCAACAACCAUGGGCCUCGCCCCCUCCGAACUCGACAGCUUCUACCGCUUCUUCCGCAUCUCGGGUCUCGCUCACUGCACCGGCGGCGACGGAGCCUGGAAUAUCGGACAAGCAACCGGGGGAGGUGUCGGCGCGCAGAAAAAUGCCCUGCAGAGAAUUAUCGAUUGGGUGGAAAAAGGGGAUGCUCCGGAAACUGUUACGGGAGUGAAAUAUGUCGAGGGGGAUAUGACCAAGGGUGUGGAUUAUGAGAGAAAUCAUUGUAAAUAUCCUUUGAGGAAUAAAUUUGUUGGUCCGGGGUCGUAUAAGGAGGUGGAUGCUUGGGAAUGUGUGCCGUAAAAGAAUCAGCCGGAGGGGAUUUUUCUUUGGUUUGGGUUGUUUUUCUUUUCAACAAAAGAUUAGAAAUUUUCACUGGAUGUGAUGAUGAUGUAUUUGUAGAACUACCGAAGUAAGGUAGGUAGAUACAGUAGAGUAGAUGCGGAGGGCUAUUCAUCC